CCUGUCUAGUGUAACGGAGCGCUUGAGCGGUUGCCUAGCAGUUGCCGAGGCGUCUGCCGGGUUCGUAAGAGGAGCGCGAGCGAGGCUUGCUAAUCAAUCUAUACUUAUCAAUCGCUGCUUUUCAAAUUGUUUUUGGAUUCGUAACCCCCUAGCAGCAGCUGAUUUUUUUUCCCACAAUGCAGCAGAAUCAACCUGUUGGCGUUGAUAAGCAAUUUCUUGCCGCACCUGUAAAAUCAGCUGUCGACAAAUUUCAGCUUCUUCCCGAGUUCCUGAAGGUUAGAGGAUUGGUGAAGCAACAUUUGGAUUCGUUUAACUAUUUUGUGAAAACCGGCAUUAAGAAAAUCGUUCGUGCAAAUGACCGUAUUGUGGCGUCAAAGCACCCGAGCAUAUAUUUAAGGUUUAAGGAUGUCAGAAUUGGUGAGCCUUCAAUAAUGGUAGAUGGUAGUCCAGAGAAAAUUACACCACAUACAUGCCGCUUAUCUGACCAGACAUAUACGGCUCCAAUAUUGGUUAAUAUUGAGUAUAUUCAAGGAGGCCCUGGUCAGAUGGCUAAAGUGGAGAAGAAUGAUGUUGUUAUUGGAAGGAUGCCUAUUAUGUUAAGGAGUUGCUGUUGUGUCCUGUAUGGGAAAGAUGAAGCUGAACUUGCAAAACUUGGUGAGUGCCCUCUUGAUCCUGGUGGGUAUUUCAUAAUCAAAGGAACAGAAAAGGUGAUGUUAAUGCAAGAGCAACUUUCAAAGAAUAGAAUAAUUAUUGACACAGACAAGAAGGGAAACAUCACUGCAUCUGUUACAAGCAGUACGGAAGCAAUAAAAUCCAAAACAGUUGUUGUGAUGGAAAAGGAGAAGAUUUGGUUGCAAUUAAAUCAAUUUCCUAAAAAGGUCCCUAUUAUGAUUGUAAUGAAAGCUAUGGGGAUGGAGAGUGAUCAGGAGGUUGUACAAAUGCUUGGAAGAGAUCCCCGUUAUAGUUCACUACUUUUACCGUCUAUUGAGGAAUGUGCAAAAAAUGGUGUAUAUACUAAAGAGCAAGCGCUGGAGUAUCUAGAGUCAAAGGUCAAGAAGUCCAUGUUUGCAAGUGAUUCAUUUGAAAGGGAAGGCAGAGCAUACUCUGUCCUGAGAGAUGUAUUUCUUGCAAAUGUGCCAGUGCAUCAGAAUAAUUUUAGGCCAAAAUGUGUAUAUGUUGCUGUUAUGAUCAGACGCAUGAUGGAUGCUAUUCUAAAUAAGGAUACCAUGGAUGACAAGGAUUAUGUGGGGAACAAGCGGCUGGAGUUAUCUGGCCAAUUAGUAUCUCUUCUUUUUGAGGAUCUCUUUAAGACGAUGAUAAGUGAAGUUAAGAUGUACGUUGAUAAAUUCUUGGAGAAGAAUAACAAGACAAACCGCUUUGACUUUUCUCAUUAUGUUACUAGAGACUUUAUCACAUCUGGGCUGGAAAGGACUCUCUCGACUGGUAAUUUUGACAUCAAAAGGUUCAAGAUGCACAGAAAAGGGAUGACCCAGGUUUAUUACGUUCUUAACAAUUUUACUUUCCAUCAUCUUCAUAUAUUAUUGGAAAUAUGAUCA